AUGAAAGUGCUUGUUAUUGGCGCGUCCGGCCGAAUUGGCUCCGCUGCUGUAACCGCCUGUCUUGCUCGAGGACACACCGUCACCGCCUUCCUCCGCACCCCAUCCAAACUGCCUCCCAAACUGCUGGAACAUGCUAAUAUCGGUGUUAAUGAGCACGCAAAGACGCAACUCCGUAUCUUCAAGGGAGAUGCGUCAAAUGUUGACAAUUUGAGGGAGGCUAUGAGGGAUCAGGACGCGAUCAUCCAAGCCGCCGUCUACGGCUCCAACACUCCCUGGGGAACCUCCGACUCAGAGCUCGUCGUCCGCACCAUCGUCGACGUCGCCUCAUCCAUCCAGUCUCAACGCUCCUCCACUAACCCCACAUCCGAACAACGCUCUAAUCAACGUCCCCUCCGCCUCUGGCUCCUUUCAGGCCAAGUCCUCCUCGAUAUCCCCGAUGGCAGGUCGAGCCCGCCGCGUAUCGAGGGUGAUGUCCUUCCCAUACACCCAGAGCAUUAUGCGAACUAUGCUUAUGUAAAAGAGCACGGUGCAUCGUUGGAAUGGAGUUUACUGUGUCCUGGGAAGGUGGACGAUGGGGAGCCCUCCGGCCCCCUAGUCCAUACCGUCGACUACAUUCCGCUCUAUCGGCCUCCAGGUUUCAUCGGCAAUCUUCCUUUCGUCGGGCCCUUGUUCAACAUCAUAUACAACUUCUACUAUCAAAAACUGACGUACAAGUCCGUCGGUGAGUUUCUGGCGGAUAAUCUGGGACCUGGAGACGGAACGAUUGAAGGUGAGAGCGGGAUGAGAGGCAAGAGGGUUGGGUUGUUGGAGAAUUGGGAAGUGAGAAGGUCUAAUUGA